AUGUCUCAAUAUUUUCAUCAUAUGCCAGAACCAAUACACUACCCUCCUCCUCCUCCAACACCACCUAAUUCGACUUAUCCAUACACGCAUACUGGUUUAGGAAAAACUUCAACCUACUAUAAUGAUAAUGAAAGACAAUCAUAUGAACCUCAACAUGCAUCUUACAUGACGCCACAAGCUAGCUAUCCUCAACCUCCAAGUUUUGAAGAAGCUGUGAAUAGUGGUAGUGAUAGCGCUCAUAUCAAAUUUAAUCAAAGGCCAAAAUAUCAAGAUUUAUGGGCUGCUGUCUUAUUUAUGUUAAAUCUUCUGGCAUUCAUUGUUAUAUCCGCGGUUUCUCUAAGUAAUUACGCGAUCAUACAACGUCAAGCUCGUACUCCCGUUGAAAGUGUAACUUUAAAUUGGAGUACCAUUUGGCUUUUAAUGUUUUGUGUUGGAAUUGGAUUCGUGUUAAGUACAGCGGCAUAUCAAGUCUGGUAUCCAGCUGCGUGUAAGCAAACACACAGAACGCCAGCAUCAAAUCCAAAUUGUCAUGACGGCCAAUUUAUUGUCAUUGUCAUAUUCUUACUAUUUACAUACUAUUGGGUGUCUCAAGUAAUUCAAACUUUUAUUCAUGUCACAACUUCUGGCGUAUUUGCUUCCUAUUAUUUUCUUGAGGGAACUCCUCAAGGUGUCUCAUCUUUACCUACCUUAAAAAGUGCAAAAAGGGCAGCGACUACCAGCUUUGGGAGUAUUUGCUUUGGAAGUUUGUUAGUUGCCAUAUUACAAGUUAUUCGUGAACUUUUGAGAUCUCUGGCUCAGGACACCGACAAUCCAUUAGGCGCGUUCUGUGCCGCUUGUGCAGCCGCAUUAGUUGGAUAUAUCGAUGCAUUAUUAGAAUAUUUCAAUUUUUACGCAUAUACGCAAGUAGCGAUUUACGGAAAGUCAUUCUGUGAUGCGGUAAAUAUGUCGUGGAAAAUUAUUGUGGCAGAUGAAGCUGAAACCUAUUUUUUAAUGUUUGGGUUAGGAUUUGGAAUAAAAUUGCUAACAGCAAAGGAUACUUGGACUAUGAUUCAGGAUCGCGGCGUUGAGGCCGUUAUUAACGAUAACCUUAUCGGCACUGUGAUUAUAAUGGGUAUUGCGCUACUAUAUUUUAUUUAUAAUAUACAGUCGAUGCUCUCUCCAAAUGCAAAAAAGUAA